AUGUCGUUGUACUACUCGCUGGUGUUUGCGAUGCUGGUGUGCGAGAGCGCGGUGUUUGCGCUGCUGGCGGUGCCGCUGCCGAUGGCGGUGCGGCGGCCGCUGACGCGGGCGCUGGCGCGGCCGUUCGAGUCUGCGACGGUGCAGAUGGUGCUGAAGGUGCUGCUGGGGUUCGUGCUGCUGCUGUUCGUGGACACGACGAACCGGCUGUACGUGGUGAACCGGGAGUACGAGCGGGCGCGGCACGUGGAGUUUGCGCACGGGCGGCGGGAGCUGCUGUCGCGCAAGUUCCUCGCGCAGCGCAACAUGUACCUGACGGGGAUCACGCUGUUCCUGACGUUCAUGCUGGGGCAGACGUUCAACCUGGUGCUGGAGCUGCUGGCGCUGAAGGGCGCGACGGAGCGGCCGGGGGCCACGACGGCGGCGGGGCUGCGCGCGGAGAUCGAGGAGUGCGAAAAGGAGCUUGCGCGGCUCAAGGCGCAGGCGGACGCGCUGGCAGAGGAUAUGUAG